GUCCCAGCUUUCAAUUGAUAUCCCGGAGUCGAAGCAAAAAGUUGACCGUCUUGCGUUCGCGCACCCGAUAAGUGCCGAUCGGGGCAGUAGCGCGCGUCUUGCGUUCUCGAACGGACGUGUGAACGCGCGUGGUAUUUUUCAAUUUUUUCCCGCGCGAUAGGAAUUGUGUUACAAUUUCCGUGUAUCGGUCUUUCAGAGCGGAGACUGUGGUGUUUUUUGCUACUGCAAAUGCGGGUUACAAAUAAUUGUUUUACAAAUUGGCAAAAGAACCCAUCAGCACUUUGUUUUGUGUAGUGAUCUGUGAUACAACGGUGCAUUCCAAACAGUGAUAAUGCGAAGACAAAAAUUGAACGUGGAUCCCGAUUUGGGGGAUUUGGAAGAGAUGCUGGCGAGCGUCCAGUCCCAGCUGGAGCAUGAAAUCGACUUGGAGAAAGAUUCGAAGUUGUCCUCUUUGACAAGCGUCCAUGAGUCGCCGAAAAUGGCCAAAAGGACUUCUUCUUUCAAUAGAGGGGAUACUUUAGAGUUCCGUAGAGCCCCUAGGACUCCUUUUAACAGGGUAAUGAGUGAGGUGAACUCUGGAAGUCAAUCUUUAAAUGGAGACUUCAGGAAUGGGGAAUAUGGAGUGAUUGAACAGUCGUUGCGAGGGUCGCAGACCAGUUUGAAGUCCGAAGAGAUGGGGUCACAGACUUCGUUGAAGUCUUUUCGAUCUGAGCCUCAACAGAGAAUGUCUGUGUUGAGUCUUCCAGACAAAAGAGCAUCGAAUGCGACCUGGAAUGGGAAUGGAAGGUCCAGGACUGCAACGCUACCACGAGGAUACGGGUCGACCAAAGAGAAGAACUGGGAAGAAUACUGGGCUCACGAGCAAUCCAUAAGCAGCGCGCGCGCAUCCGUGAUGGUGUACGACGACAACGUGAAGCGCUGGAUUCCCUCGGGCUCGAGCGCAGGCGUGUCCAAGGUGCACAUCUACCACCACACGCAGCACAACACCUUCCGCGUGGUGGGCAGGAAGCUCAACGACCAUGAGGUGGUGAUAAACUGCGGCAUCGUCCGCGGUCUCAAGUACAACCAGGCGACGGCGACGUUCCACCAGUGGCGGGACGCGAGGCAUGUCUACGGAUUGAACUUCUCGUGUCGCGAGGACGCAGACAGUUUCGCGCGAGCCAUGAUGCACACGCUGGAGAUCCUAGCCAACAAACCGAGCGGCAAUUCCGCGCCGCCGCCGCCUCAGCCGCCGAACCCUCCCGUGCCUUACAACGGGCACAACAAUGCGCACUCCUACGACGAGGACAUGGGGUAUAGAACGAUGACGCGAGAAGACGCGGCCAUAUUGCAGCAACCCCAAUACCACGCCCCUCAUAACGCGCAGCCGCAGUACCACGCUGCGCCCAGUCAAUACCAUGCGCCACACCACCAUCCCACGCAGGAACGACCGGCGCAGUACCACGCGGCACCCAGUCAGUACCACGCGCCGCCCCAUCAGCAGCAAGCGCCGGCGAACCCGGCGGGAGCCCCGGCGCCGCCGCCGCCGCCGCACGGCGUGCACCACACGCUGCCGCACCAGCCCAGCCAGCCCGCGCCCACGCCCACGCAUCAUCGCACCAACAGCGCGCCGAUGCCGCCGAACAUGACUCUAGCGCCGGCGGCGCCGCCCGUCCCGCCGCACCAGAACCUGGCGCACGCGCCGCCCGCGCCGCUUAACAACGGGCCUGUUGCACCGCCAACACCACCCGCCGCGCCUCAACCGCCACCUAUGCAGCAACCAGCCGCCGCGCCUCCCGCGCCGCCGCCGCCGCCCGGCGCGGUCGUGUCACCGCCGCCGCCGCCGCCGCCGCCCGCGCCGCCCGCGCCGCCCGCGCCGAUGCCGCCGAACAUGACCCUAGCGCCGGCGGCGCCGCCCGUCCCGCCGCACCAGAACCUGGCGCACGCGCCGCCCGCGCCGCUUAACAACGGGCCUGUUGCACCGCCAACGCCACCCGCCGCGCCUCAACCGCCACCUAUGCAGCAACCAGCCGCCGCGCCUCCCGCGCCGCCGCCGCCGCCCGGCGCGGUCGUGUCACCGCCGCCGCCGCCGCCGCCGCCCGCGCCGCCCGCGCCGCCGCCGGACCCCGCCGGCCUGCAGCACCAGCUGCAGCAAGCGCGCCUCCGCCGGACCAGCGGCGCCGGGAACACUCCCGCUAAGACCGGCGCGGCCCCGGAGGCGGCGUCGCCCCCGGGCGGGGCGGAGCACUCGGGCUCGUCGUCGUCGUCGGGCGGGAGCGCGCGCGGCACGCUGCACUGCAUGAUGCACGAGAUGGCGCGCACGCUGGCACGCCGCCGCGCGCACCUCGACCGCGCUGAGGAGUCCUCGAACGACAACUCAGUGAACAACACGCCAAUGAAGACUUGGGAGCGCUCCGCUACGCUGCCGCACCGUCUACCAGCCGCAUGUAACGGCAACGCUUCGAGCUCGGAAUCGGCGGCGGCCGCCGCGCCCGCGUCACCGCGUUCUGUCCGCAAGAGGUUCGGCUCCGCCAGCGAGGAGACCAUACUUAAGCAAGUGAACGGAGGCAACGAAGGCGGCUGCGUAUCGGCGGCUGAGUGGGACGCCUUCAAGCAGGAGAUGAUGAAGGAGAUGCGCCGCGAGCUCACGCAGAUCAAAAAGGAGAUACUAGACGCAAUGAAGGCGGAAUUCGCGCGCAGAUAAGAGAGCCGCUAGGUCGUCGAGUGACAAACUAGUCCACCGCCAGCGACCGCGAACAAAUAUUUGAAAACACCAGCACGGUACCAUUCACUAUUAAUAUCAACGAGAAACCACCAAAAAUCAGCAUUAAUACUAUAGUUAUAACUAAACUAUCAAUCGGUAAUCGAUAUUGAUGCACAACACUAUUCACGAGCUGUCAGUUUGACACAAAACUCUAGAUUGUCUACGGCUUCCCGCGCUUUCUGUGAAGAUGUCUUUACUACUUUUUGUGUAGUUAUUUUGUCAUUGUCUAGCUAUGGCGCUGUUGAGAGCUGAGCUAAAUAUAAUUUGGCGCUUUUUGAGGUAAGUGUAUUGCCUUGAUUUAGUUUUUUUGUCAUCUGCGCUCCAUACAACAAAAUGAAAGGAGGCUGUCUUUGUGACAUUUUUA